CUGACCACUUCUGAAUGAAACCCGCAGCCAGUUGCAGUGAUGACUCUUUUUCACAAUGUUGUUGAUCGCGGGGUUAUAAAAAGAGGACGCAACGGUGAGCGGCGGGUGUUUCCUCUGUCGUCUUUGCUGGACGGCUAUGAAUGCGCUCGGCGGGAUGAACACAUCUCUUACGGAGCCUCCGCUGCUGCCGUGCCGCCAUUUGGUUGCACAUUUUCCUCUGCUCCUGGACAACAAAACUGUCUUGCUGUCGCCAAUGAAGAAGGUUUUGUGACCAUCUUCAACACUGGAGAAAAACACAGCUCCAUUCUGAAAGAAUGGCAGGCACAUGACAAUGCAGUUUUUGAUAUCGCCUGGGUACCAGGAACAAACAGCUUAGUAACAGCAUCCGGUGACCAAACUGCUCGUCUGUGGGAUGUUAUUACUGGUGACCUGCUGGGGACAUUUAAAGGACAUCAGUGCAGUCUCAAAUCAGUGGCUUUUUACAAGCAAGAGAAAGCGGUAUUUAGCACAGGAGGCAGAGAUGGAAACAUAAUGAUUUGGGAUACAAGAUGCAGUAAAAAAGAUGGUUUCUACAGGCAAGUAAAGCAGAUCAGUGGCGCUCAUAUGAAACCUGAAAGAUGCACUCCUCAAACAAAGAAGAGACGUGGCAUGGCGCCCCCUGUGGAUUCCCAACAAGGUGUGACAGUGGUUUUGUUUUGCGACGAGAACAAACUCAUCUCCUCAGGGGCAGUUGAUGGGAUCAUUAAAAUGUGGGAUUUGCGGAGGAAUUAUACUGCAUACCACCAGAACCCCUUGCCUCUACAGGCCUAUGCAUACCCAGGAUCCUGCACACGCAGACUAGGUUAUUCUGGUCUUUCACUGGACUCCACUGGAUCCAGACUCUUCUCUAACUGCACAGAUGACAGUAUCUACAUGUUCAAUAUCAGUGGCCUGAAAACCACUCCAGUCGCUGUGUUCAGUGGUCACAGUAACUCCUCGUUUUAUGUGAAGUCCAGUGUGAGUCCAGAUGACCAGUUCCUGGCCAGUGGAUCCAGCGAUCAUCACGCGUACAUAUGGAAGAUUUCGAACCCAAAACAAGCUCCCAUGAUGCUUCAGGGCCAUAGCCAAGAGGUCACAUCGGUGGCCUGGUGUCCUACCGAUUUCACCAAGAUUGCAUCCUGCUCUGACGAUAACACUGUUAGGAUCUGGCGUCUGAAUCGCAAAUCAGAUGGAGAAGACUCAACCAUCCGAGAUGGAAACCGCGUAGGCUGGACGCUUCGUAAAGUCCAGUCACCAAACAGAACACCUGGCCAUCACAGCCCAGUUGAGCUCACUCCAGCCAAAAAUCCUGGAUCGACGAGGUCUGUUUCUCUGGCUUCACCCCAGCCUGCCGCUUGUGCCCCUACAGGUGCCGCUUUACCCCUCCCAUCAAACACUUCUUCUGCACCUCCAGUCAAGCUCAGCAGUCCCAAAAUGUCCUCGUCCCUGCAGCAGUGGAUCAGCCGCAGCAGCAUUUCUCCUGUCCGAAAGGCCCUCACACCCGUUCUCCAGGGCCCGUCCUCUGAACGCCGUGCAAAACGCCGACUAGAGACUAGUGAUUCUGCCAGCUCUGGUUUGAGAGAGGAGAGUGACUGCGUGUCUGAACUGUAUCCCGACGUCAAGAGGAGCAGGAGUUCGCUGAGCACACUGAAGAAAGAGGACUCGUUUGGUUUAGAAACUGAGGAAAGGCUAGGCUCAGAUGAUGCAGAGGCCGCUGGGAAGGAGAACAGCUCUCCCAGAAGGACUGAUUGGCUUUCUGUGAUCAGCCAGAGGUUUAAAGGGUCUGCUCAACCUAAAAGCCCCAGCAGUGGCAGCAGUUGGCAGGAGACAAAAACACUAGGAUCUCCAGCAGCAGUCUCGCCUCGUCCCAUGAAAGUUUUCUCUCCACCAACGACCAAGAAAGCAUCACCCUCCAAACCUAUGAAAAAAAUCUCAAGCUACUUUAUGAAAAGAAGCCAAGACUGAUCAUUGUGUUUUCUUUGUUUCAUUUUUUAAAAGAGAUUUCAAGUGUCUUUCAUUCGACACAUUUAUGGUUUAAAUUCAGUUCCAUCUUUUCUUGAAACUGAGCUUCAAACUAAGAAGAAAUAUGCAGAUUCUGCCUGUAUUUAUAUAUGUAAUGUGUAUACUUUUUUUUUUUUUUUUUAAUCUAGUUGUGAAUUAUUUUUAAAUGUGUAAAAUUAAUUUCCUAAAGAAGGGUCAAAUGCAUCGUUUACAGUCAUUUGACACUGCAAUUGAACUCUAAAGUUUCCCUGAUGCCUUCACGUCUGUCAGUUUGAAAUGCUUUGCCCCAUUUAACAUGCUUUUUAAAGUAUAUUAAAUUCUAUUUGGGUGUUAUAAUCAGCGGUAUAGCAUACUUUAUUUUUUUAUUUCGAUUCUUAUACUUAUUUCCACAUCUAAUGCCCUUUAUUUGAGCUUGUCUGUCCUUAAACGUGGGGUUACAUUUUCAGAGUUCACUAUUGAUUGUAAAGCAGCACUUUACAUAACUAAUCCAUUUCCAAUUAGCCCACUGCUUUUUACGUAUUGAACCUCUAUAAUGCAGUGAGUUUCUCCAAAAUGAUUUAAAUACCUUUUACACUAUAGCACAGCCUUUUUUUCUUUUUGUAAGUUGUGUGAAUUGCAGGAAUGUCACUUAACUAGAUAGAUCUGCCUCAAUGUUUUGAUCCUACUUGUUUUUUGCCUCAGGUCUUCAGCAUGUUUGGUCAGAUGUGCUUUUUGCAUUCAGAAACUCCAUUUUAACUAUGAAAAUAUGCCUUGUUCACCUAGAAAUGGCCUAGCAAACAAUUUUGUGGUUAAUAGAUGUCUAAUAGUUAUCUAGAUGUAGACAGCUUUGCCUAAUAGACUAAGAGUAGCCUAAAACAAAUAGGUUAGACAGACUUUAAAUGGGCAGUCAUUCAUUUCUGUUUAUUUAAUAACUAGUCUAGUUUUGGCCUAUUAUUAGACGUCUAUUAGAUUUUCACUGACAGCUCAAAUAUAUACUUGUUUUAGCCAAGACGACAAUGUUUGGAUGCCUAUUAGACAUCUUUUAUAAACAAAAAAUGUUUGCUGCGGAAGUUGUUUCAAAGAUUUUCUGUAAAAAUGUGACCGUUUAAAUUAUUUUGAUAAAAAUUUUACAUUUAUUUGUGUUCCAACUACGAAUAUUGAUUAGGCGUUUGUUUUAUUUCGCAUUCAGCUAAUUUUGAGGAGAAUUGUUCCUUACUCCUUUGACGGCUACAAGUUUCACUAACUCUCACGGUGUUUCUCUUUAAAAUGUUGAAUUGUGCACGUCUUUUUCCUGUAUGUUUGUUAUUUUGAGUGGUUCAACGUUUGUUGACAUCUUGUUGCCUGUUUUCAUGCGAGUUCAAGGAUACAGUACAUCUUUGCCUUUGUAUGUUUCCCUAAAUACCAUUAAAACAAGAA